CCGCGCGGAGGCCCCUCCGGCCGAGGGGAGCGGCCGCUGAGGGGUUCGGCCCCCAGGAGAUGGGGGAAUCACCUCAGCCUCCGUGUGGCCUGCUGGCAAGCAGCUGUGUGGAGAUAACCUGCUACAGCACGAAUGAAACCAAAGUAUUUUUAAUAUGGAAAAGUGGAGGAGGAAAGAGCGGGAAGACCAAGCAAAAGAAUGAACAGGAAUGUGUGAACUUCAGGAACUCUGCUUCUUGUCUUCUUUGUAACCGCAAGAAAUACAGGAGGGUUGUGUUGCUUUAACGUAUGCUGUGAGCCCUCUAGCGGCGUUUUCUGAACCUUUCUACAUCUCAGGCUGCGGUAGCAUUUUUUUUUCUUUCCAGCUUUGUUUGCCUGAGACGAAAGAGUCAGAUUAACUUUUGUUUAAACUACUUAAACUACUUAAUUAAACUUUCCAGGUUUGUUUCUGUAAUGUGAGAAGGAAUACUCGUGUUUCCUGGUCUGUCUGAGAGUAUUGCACCUCUGGUAGCGAGCUCAUACCCUGCGUAGCCAGGGCAUAUGUAGCCGCAGUGUGAACACCAAUGUUUAUUGUGGAGCCCACGUGGCACCUGGUGGUGUUGUGGGGAUGCUCUGGGCACUUAAACACUGCUGGAUGGAGGCUCCCACUUUGGCAGCAUUCUACAGCAGGUCAGAUCCAAGCAGUGACGAGGAUGUACUUUUAUCUGAGGGGAGACUGACUGCAGAAACACUUGCUCUCCUAGUCAAUUCUUCCAGUUCCUAGCCUUGCUCUGCGCGUGUGCAUUACAUGACUGCGCUACCGAGCGCCAUCAGGUGACGCAGAGCUGCUCUGAAACGUGAAGGUGCCGAGCAAGAGCACCCUGAACUCGCAGACUGAGCAAGAAGACACCGAGGCAGUAGAGAGCUGAUUUCUUCAAGUGCUGCCUGCUUCUUUUUUAAGUCAUGAAAGCUCUGUAUGUCACUUAGAAAAGCGUCUGCAAAAGGGGGAGAUAGGCAUCAUUGUUUUAGGGUGACACCUGCCUGUGACUUCAACACUUAUCCUCCUGGCACACUAAAGUCAAGCCUUUGCAAAGAUUUUCCAGUACCGCUUCCUUCCUCGUUGGACAGGGUACAGGCAAAAACAGUUCAAUGCAGGCUUUGGGAUUUUUUCAGCACAUUCACGGUGUAUACAUGCUCUAAAUGCCUACAAUACAGAGGAAUCCUGCUACUUCUAAUGGGAUGCAUUUGCAUAAAGGAAGAAUUCCUCUUCUAAGAUGGGUAAUAAGCAGACAAUAUUUACUGAUGAACAGCUGGAUGCCUACCAGGAUUGCACAUUCUUCACUCGGAAAGAAAUCCUUCGGUUGCAUGGCCGGUACCAUGAAAUGGCACCAAAUGUUGUGCCCAUGGACUAUACAAAGGACCCGGACGUUAAACUACCUAUGCAGCUUAUAAUAAACAUGCCUGAGCUAAAGGAAAAUCCCUUCAAGGAAAGAAUUGUGGAAUCUUUCUCAGAAGAUGGAGAGGGGAGCCUCAGCUUCAAUGAUUUUGUGGACAUGUUCUCUGUCCUCAGUGAAAUGGCUCCCAGAGAGCUGAAAGCAAUCUAUGCCUUUAAGAUCUAUGAUUUUAACACAGAUAACUUCAUUUGUAAAGCAGACCUGGAAAAAACCCUCAAUAAGCUGACUAGAGAAGAGCUAACAGCAGAAGAAAUCACUUUAGUUUGUGAGAAAGUGAUAGAAGAAGCUGACAUGGAUGGCGAUGGGAAGCUAGGAUUUGCAGAUUUUGAAAACAUGAUUUCCAAAGCGCCAGACUUUCUCAGUACUUUCCACAUAAGAAUCUGAAGAUGUUUCUGUGAGCCAGUGUUAUCAGAAAUGACUUGCCAGUCCAGCCUUUCUGAAUCUCAGGCACCUUGGGGGCUUUUGUCCUCUAAUUGUGGCUUCUUAGAACGCAAAAAGUAUUGAAAUAAUUCUGGUGCACAAAGGGAGAGAAGCAUCAUUUGAUCUACAGGAUAUUUGGAACAGUUGCAUUUUUAUCUUCACUGCUGGCUAAGCACUCUGCAAAGAUGGUUGGGUUGUGGUUAUUUUUUUAAAAACGGGCAGAAUAUUGUCAGAAUAUUAUUAAAGGUAUUUCCACAUAGUUUUUAUAUUUAUGAAUAUUUAAUACUGCUCUUAAAAGCAAAAAAAAAAAAGAAGAUUGUCAGGAAGAUGAACUUCAGUGACUUUUCCAAGAGAAAGCAAGCAUGGGCCUUAAAUAACAAGAUGCCUCUAUCACUGUGGUGUACAGCUGGGGGUCUUGCAUGGAAAUACUCUUAGAUGAAAGAACUGCAGUCAAGAUCAACCUCCCAGUGUUGAAGACAACCACAUCCCAGGUUUGCCUUUCAGUCACUGAAAUGGCAGGUGCUGGGUUUGGUGCUUACCUUCAACCAAUAUUUUAUGGAUUGUCACGUCCUUAUGAAACUUGAAAUAUUUGCCUUUUGUAUAUGAUAACUGCAUAUGUGAUUCAUUUCUUUCCAAGAUUAACUUUAAAACUGUGUCCUUAGUCUCAAAGGAAGUCUUGCAUUUUACUGAUUCUAUGGGCUGAUAAUGUUGAAUAGAAGAAUACAAUCAUCUAUUACCCAUGAAGAAAUUAAAGAAGCACAGCACUAUUACUAAAGACAUGAAAAGACAUUUUCUUUUUAAACGAGCUAUGCAAUCUUUCCCGUAAAAUGCAUGAAUGCAGCUCUGUAUUUCUCCUUCCUCUUCAGCUGGAAAUCAGCUAUGUUAUUUUUAUUUUAUUCCAGUACUGUUUAGGUACUGGGGCCUGAAGACAAUCAUACAUGUAUUACUGUUCUAACAGUCAAUAGAAGGGCUCUGUCACUUACAUGGCUUCUGUAUCAAAAUCAUAACAAUUAAAACUUUUGACUCAUUUUA